AUGAUUUGUUUUUGUUUUCAUUUAAAACGUUGUGUUUUUUGUUGGAUUUAGCUAUUUUGUCAAAGGGUUUAUUUCAGUUAAAUAAAUAAAUUUCCUUAUUCAGAAAUUCGAAAUGUCCAGCUUCGUGAAGCGCCGUGGCGCAAUUUCCAUCAAGGGGACGCGAGCGUCGCUGCACAGCGGUCAGGCGAUUCUGUCCUCGGGAAACCCCUCGUUGGACCACGUUUUCGGUGGAGGUUUCCCAAUCGGGUCGGUUAUUGCUAUUGAGGAAGACAAAUAUGCCAACUAUUCUCGAGUUCUUACUAAGUACUUUCUGGCUGAAGGCUUAGUAAAUAACCAUUCGAUCUUUACGGCAAGUUUAGAGGAAAAUCCUGUUCAACUAAUGAAGAAACUUCCAACCCCCGUUGAAGAAACCGAGCAGGACAAACCCCAAAAAGCCCAAACUCCGGAAGAGAUGCGAAUAGCCUUCCGGUACAACAACUUGUCGGUUGUCGAUCUGGAGCAGAAGCCAAGCACCCAAAUUGGCCACUUUUUCGAUCUUUCCAAACAGAUUGACGAGUCCGAAUUGGUCAAGCACGACAUCACCUAUUGGGACGGUUCUCAAGUUACUUCAGAACCUUCAAAAACCUUCACAAAUCCCUGCUAUCAAACCUUGCUCACUGCAAUUCACACCAAAUCCCGCGAACCCCAGUUCGACCCCGCCAACACCGACGUCAAGGAAAAGAACCUGCUCCGGAUCUGUCUCAACUCCGUCGGCUCUCCCCUCUGGUACGACCAGAACUUCCCCCAAGACCUCAUCCGCUUCCUCACCAUCCUCAAAGCGAUCGUCCGCAACACCCUGUCCUGCUGCCUCAUCACCCUGCCGACGCACCUCUUCCAGCAUCUGCCCACUCCGUCCCACCUCUACGAGCGCCUCGUCGACCAGACCGACUUCUGCGUCCGGCUGGAGUCGUUUGCCGGGUCGGACCGCGAGACGAACCCCGCCUUCAAGGAGUACCAUGGGCUGCUGGACAUUGCCAAGAUUUCCGCGCUCAACUCGCUGGCCGCGUUCGUGCCGGAAACGCGCGACCUGGCGUUCAAACUGCGCCGCCGGAAGUUUGUCAUCGAGAAGCUGCACCUGCCGCCGGAACUGGGCGAGGAGCGGGACGAGCGGGGAGGGGGUGUGAAGGUGGCGACGAUGAGUUGUUCCAGUGGGGGAGGAGGGGGGAUGGGAAAGUUGGAUUUUUAAAGGUUUAGUUGGAAUAAAUGGAUGU